AUGCUUGAAGAUUAAAUAAAGGAACAUGAAGAAACUAUAGAUAAAUAAAAGUUAGAUAUAAAUAAAAAAGAGACUGAGAUCAAGAAUCUAAAAAAAUAAUUAUAAGAAGCAAUUAAAAAAGCAGAUGUUAUAGUAUAUAAAUUAAAUAAUCAUUAAAGAAUAAUUCUGAUGAUAUUAGUGGAGCAAAGAUUAUAUAAUUGGAAGUAGAAAUACAUGAUCUCAAUUAACAAUUGCAAGAAUCCUCUUAAAAAAUUAAAGCACUUACUCAAUAACUAAGGUAAUUGUUUCCAAUCAAAUUAGUGCUAAAAUUGAAGAAAAUGAUAUGGAAAUUGAAAUUCUAAAAGAUGAUCAUCUAAAAUAAUUGAAUGAUAAACAAACUGAAAUUGCAGCAUUAUAGUAGAUUAUAGAUGAAUUGAAAAAGAUGUAAAACAAUGAAAAUUCAAAAUAAUCUUAAGACAUUGUUCCAAUUAAAUAAAAGUAAGUAAUUCUAUGAAAUUAGAGAUUAAGAGGAAUUAUUAUAACAAAUUGAAUAUUUAACAAAUUAAAUUGAAUAAUAAGGAAAGUAGUUAGAAAUUAAAGAUAAAUAAAUUGAAUAGUUAUAAUUAAAUCAAGGGAAAUAAGGAAGUAUAGAUGAAGUUGGUAAAAGAACAUAAGAAGAGGAUUAAAAUUUGGAAGAGAAGAUUGCCUAAUUAGAAGAGACAAUAUUGUAAUAUUAAGAAGAAAAUUCUUAGUUAAUUAUAAAAGAAGAAGAAAAUCAAAAAGAAAAGCAAUUAUUGAAAUAAUAGUUGGAAUCAUUGGAAAAAUAAAUAUAAGAAAUACAGCAAUAGGAACAAGAUGCUAGUGUAGCAUAAUAAUUAGAAGAUCUUAAAUUGGAAUAUGAAGAAUUAGUUGAGGAAUAUACAUCUACUAAUGAAAAAUUAUAAUAAUCUGAAUCGGAAUGCUAAUAAUUAACUGAUAAAUGUUAAGAGUAUUUAUCAGUUAAAGAGUAAUUGUAGGAUUAAAUAACUUAAUUUGAAAAUACAUUAUAACAUUAUAAUGAAGUAUUAGAAGAAAAUAAUGAAUUGAAAUAAUUGAUGAAUAAAGCAUAAGAAUAAAUUAAUAAUCUAUAAAGUAAUAAUGAAUAUCAAACUCUUUAUCUUUAAUUGAGAGAUGAAUAUGAAGAAUUUAAGGAGUAACUUCAAAUCAAUAUCAAAGAUAAAGAUUAAUAGUUAUAUUAGGCAAUUUAAUUUUGUUAAGAAUUAGAACCUUUUAAAGAAUAAGCACAUAUGCUAGAAGAAAAUAACAAACUUUUAUCUAAUUAAUUAUAAACUUAAUUAGAAAAUAAUUAAAUUUAUUAAUAGAAAAUUGAAUAAUUAGAAAAUUAAUUAAAUACUCUCUAAAAUUAAAAUUAAGAUAUUAAUGAUCUAUUAUAAAAGUUGGAUCAAUUAAAAUAAGACAAUGAAAAUCUAAAAACAUAAAAUUAUGAUUAUGCUGAAACAAUCAAGAAUUAUGAAAUCUAAAUGGAUGCACUUAAAUAAAUUGAAUGUGAUUCACCCAAGAAAAUUUCAAAAUUAUAAUAAGAAAAUUCAGAAACAACUGCAGAAUAUAUUAAAUUAAAAGAAAAUACUUAAAGAGAGAUACAUUUAUUAAAAUAAGAAAGAAGUAAUUUAUAAAAUGAAAUUAAUGAAAUUAAAUCAUUAUUAGACACUUAUAUUAAUAAUGGAGAAUCAUUUGAAUCUCAAAAAUAAUAUAUUAUUGAUUAUUGGAAUAAACUCUAAUCUAUUCAAGAUCAAUAAAACAAUCUUGUUGAAAAGUUUCAAUUAGAAAUACAAGAAUUAAAUGAAAAUAUUGGUUAAAUUUAAUCUUAGUAAAAUUUAAAUACAGAUCAUUAUCAUUAAUUAAAUUAAGAAUUUUAAAUUAAUAAUAAUGAGAAAAAUGAGAAUUUAAAUUAAUCAUUAGAAUAAUUAGAAACUAAUAAUGAAAUAAACUAAAAUAAUUUUCAUUUUGAUGUUAAAAAAAUACAACAAAUAGAUUAUAUAGAUAAUUCUACUUAAACAGAAGAAAUAAUAGAAAAGAAGAUUGAAAAAUAAGACUAAAUUUAGUAACAUCAAUCAUAGACAAUACAAUAAAAAGUAUUUUAAUCAUAAUUAAUUUAAACUGAUGAUCUAAUACUAUCUCCUCAAGAAAUGAAUGUUAGACAAUUUAAUAAUUAAAUAUGCUAGACUGAUGAAUAAGAAAUAAAAUAAAUUGAAAACAUUGAUUAAUAUGAUCAUAAGUAAAAUGAUUAAAUUAAUGAUCUUAAUAUUCAAAUUAUUUAAAAAUAAUCAGAAAAUGAUUAAAUUAUUAUACAAUAAUUGAUAUAACCAUUUGAAAAUUUAGAAGAAUAAUCUAAUUAGUUCUAAGAUUUAAAAUAAAUGGAUUAAUUAAAGUAUUUUUUUAUUAUCAUAAAAUUUUAGAAAAAAAGUUGAAGAUAUGGAUAAUUUAAGAAAAUCAUUAGAGAAAGAAAUUUAUAAUCUAAAAGAUAAGAUUAAGAAAUUAGAAGACAAAUUAUAAAAUAGUUAAAAACCAANAAAUUAAUUAAAUACUCUAAAAAAUUAAAAUUAAGAUAUUAAUGAUCUAUUAUAAAAGUUGGAUCAAUUAAAAUAAGACAAUGAAAAUUUAAAGACAUAAAAUUAUGAUAAUGCUGAAACAAUCAAGAAUUAUGAAAUCUAAAUGGAUGCACUUAAAUAAAUUGAGUGUGAUUCACCCAAGAAAAUUUCAAAAUUAUAAUAAGAAAAUUCAGAAACAACUGCAGAAUAUAUUAAAUUAAAAGAAAAUACUUAAAGAGAGAUACAUUUAUUAAAAUAAGAAAGAAGUAAUUUAUAAAAUGAAAUUAAUGAAAUUAAAUCAUUAUUAGACACUUAUAUUAAUAAUGGAGAAUCAUUUGAAUCUCAAAAAUAAUAUAUUAUUGAUUAUUGGAAUAAACUCUAAUCUAUUCAAGAUCAAUAAAACAAUCUUGUUGAAAAGUUUCAAUUAGAAAUACAAGAAUUAAAUGAAAAUAUUGGUUAAAUUUAAUCUUAGUAAAAUUUAAAUACAGAUCAUUAUCAUUAAUUAAAUUAAGAAUUUUAAAUUAAUAAUAAUGAGAAAAAUGAGAAUUUAAAUUAAUCAUUAGAAUAAUUAGAAACUAAUAAUGAAAUAAACUAAAAUAAUUUUCAUUUUGAUGUUAAAAAAAUACAACAAAUAGAUUAUAUAGAUAAUUCUACUUAAACAGAAGAAAUAAUAGAAAAGAAGAUUGAAAAAUAAGACUAAAUUUAGUAACAUCAAUCAUAGACAAUACAAUAAAAAGUAUUUUAAUCAUAAUUAAUUUAAACUGAUGAUCUAAUACUAUCUCCUCAAGAAAUGAAUGUUAGACAAUUUAAUAAUUAAAUAUGCUAGACUGAUGAAUAAGAAAUAAAAUAAAUUGAAAACAUUGAUUAAUAUGAUCAUAAGUAAAAUGAUUAAAUUAAUGAUCUUAAUAUUCAAAUUAUUUAAAAAUAAUCAGAAAAUGAUUAAAUUAUUAUACAAUAAUUGAUAUAACCAUUUGAAAAUUUAGAAGAAUAAUCUAAUUAGUUCUAAGAUUUAAAAUAAAUGGAUUAAUUAAAGUAUUUUUUUAUUAUCAUAAAAUUUUAGAAAAAAAGUUGAAGAUAUGGAUAAUUUAAGAAAAUCAUUAGAGAAAGAAAUUUAUAAUCUAAAAGAUAAGAUUAAGAAAUUAGAAGACAAAUUAUAAAAUAGUUAAAAACCAACAACACCUAGAAGAUAAUCAGAUGCAAAAGAUGAUAGAAAAAAAUUGUAGGAUAAUGAAUUAAUCUAAAGAUUAUAAAAAUAAAUAAAAGAACUUUAAGAAGAAAUUCAAUCUCUUAAUGUUCAUUAAUUAAAUGAAUAAAUUGAAUAAUAAUCUAAUGAAAUAGAAUAAUUAUAAUAAGAUAUUUAAUAAUAUAAAGAAUAAUUAAUUAAAUAAAGAUAAUAUACUAUCAAAUUGAAGAAUUAAUUAGAUACAAUUUAUAAUUUAGGUCCAUAAGCAUUAUCAAUGUUACAAAGUGAACCAAAAAGAGAAUUUUAAUCAUCUAUCUAAACAAUUUAAUAAGAAAAAUAUUAAAUUUCAUCUUUUUUGUAUAUCAAAUCAUAAAAGUCUUAUUAAUGUUAAUUUAUUGAAAUAAAUAGGAAAUAAUUAAAAUUAUUUUAAUCAGUAAAAGGAAGGAUUGAAAAAGCUGUUUUUGAUACAUAUACUUUUGAUGAAAUAUUCUUUGAUACUUAAAAAAUUCAUUAAUAUUUAGAUUAAUCAAAAUUAAAGUUAUAAAAUGAAUUAACCAAAAUAUAUCUUAUUUUAGGUUAAUCUAAAACUCAUAAAAAAUUAAUUAUGAUUAUGUUAAUAGAAUUACUUUACAAUUUAAUUUAAAAAUAAUAAUUGAACUAAAAGAUAAUAUUUUAUUAUUAAGAAAGAAUAGGUAAAUAAUGGAUAGAAAUUGAGAAAUUUAAUACACAAACAUCUUCUAUUUAAGAUUUAGAUUAUACACUUUAAGCUAUUAAAGUGCAUUUAUUGACUAAGUAGAAAUCUCUUGGAGAGAAAAUUCGAAAACUAUAAAUUACAUAUUAAUCUUAUAUUGAUAAUCAAUUAUAAAAUACAAGUACCUUUAUAAUAGCAACAUGUCCAUCAUUACCUUAAGGAGAUUUCAAAAAUGUUAUAUAAAAGAUAUUGAAUUGCUCAAUUAAUACUAAUAUGUAAUUUAACAUAUUUUUAAAUAUAUCACCUGCUUUAUAAUAUUAUUAAAAAUCUACUGAAAUAAUAUCAAUGGCUAAAACAAUCAAAUUAGCAAAGGGACAAUUAGAUAUUGCUUUAUUGUCAGCAUGCAAAUCUCUUAGUGAAUAUAAUUUAAUUGAUGAAGAAUCUCAGAAAUAAUUGAGGAUCAUAAAUAAUAAGUUAAUACUGAAAUAAUAAGAAAUUGAUUAAGUUAAAAAAACUCUUGAUUUGUAAAUAAAAUAAUAAUAAGAGCUAUAAAUUAAAUUUGAUAACUAAUUAGUAUAUUAAAAUACAAUUUUUGUUUUAAUAAAUAACAUAAUACUAGAAAUAAAAUAAAAGAUAAAUAUGAAAAUGAAUUAAAAGAAAAAUAAGAAAUCUUAGAAUAUAACAUUCUUAGAUAAAUUGGCAUUCUAAUUAGAUUAAAUUAUUAGAAAAUAACAAAUAAGUUAAUCGAAUGUUGAAAAUGUAGAUAAAUUCUUUAAAAGUAAAGCUAGUGAAAUUGUAAAUCCGUUUUUAUGA